CAGAUCCUCUCAGAUUUCCAGAGAUGGGCUCCAGCCAAGGAGGGUGGUGCUGCUCCGGGACCAUCAGGAGUCACGGGGCUGCCUAGACAGUGACAGAGCUGUAGCAGGGAGCAGACCUUCACCCACCUCUGUGCCUCCAGCUGACUCUAAUGUGCCAUGUCCCAGCACCUGCUCCUCCCACUUGUGAUCCUCGCCAUCAGUCCCAUCCCAAGAGCCUUCCAGGACUCAGCUCUCAGUCCUACCCAAGAAGACCCUGAAGAUCUGGACUGUGGGCGCCCUGAGCCCGCGGCCCGCAUCGUGGGGGGGUCAGAUGCGCAGCCGGGUACCUGGCCUUGGCAGGUGAGCCUGCAUCAAGGGGGAGGCCACAUCUGCGGGGGCUCCCUCAUCGCCCCCGCCUGGGUCCUCUCCGCUGCUCACUGUUUCGUGAGGAACGGGACCCUGGAGCCCGCGGCCGAGUGGUCGGUGGUGCUGGGCGCGCACUCCCAGGACGGGCCCCUGGACGGCGCGCACGUCCGUGCGGUGGCCGCCAUCCUGGUGCCAGACAACUACAGCACCGUGGAGCUGGGCGCCGACGUGGCCCUGCUGCGGCUGGCCGCGCCCGCCAGGCUGGGCCCCGCCGUGCGGCCCGUCUGCCUGCCCCGCGCCUCGCACCGGUUCGCGCACGGCACCGCCUGCUGGGCCACCGGCUGGGGGGACGUCCAGGAGGCGGACCCUCUGCCUCUCCCCUGGGUGCUACAGGAAGUGGAGCUAAGGCUGCUAGGCGAGGCCGCCUGCCAGUGUCUCUACAGCCAGCCUGGUCCCUUCAACCUCACUCUCCAGCUAUUGCCAGGGAUGCUGUGUGCUGGCUACCCAGAGGGCCGCAGGGACACCUGCCAGGGUGACUCCGGGGGGCCCCUGGUCUGCGAGGAAGGCGGCCGCUGGUUCCAGGCAGGGAUCACCAGCUUUGGCUUUGGCUGUGGACGGAGGAACCGCCCUGGAGUCUUCACUGCUGUAGCUCCCUAUGAGGCAUGGAUACAGGAACAGGUGAUGGGUUCAGAGCCUGGGCCUGUCUUUCCCAUCCAGCCCCAGGAGGCCCAGUCAGGUCCCCGGGAGCCCACGGAGGAGAACUGCACUAUCGCCCUGCCAGGUGAGUGGGCAGGACCCCUGGAUGUGAAAGGGACAUGGGAGUUGGGGUGGAGACUGCUGGAUGAGGGGGGUUCAGGAGGCUACCUGACCCAGGCCUCUCACCCCUCAGAGUGCGGGAAGGCCUCCAGGGCAGGGGCCUGGCCUUGGGAGGCCCAGGUGAUGGUGCCGGGAUCCAGACCCUGCCAUGGGGCGCUGGUGUCUGAAAGCUGGGUCUUGGCACCUGCCAGCUGCUUUCUGGACCUUCUCAGCUCCGGCCGCCCGCCCCGCGACCUCGAGGCCUGGCGCGUGAGGCUGCCCUCGCGCCCGCGCGCGGAGCGGGUGGCGCGCCUCGUACCGCAUGAGAACGCCUCGCGGGACGACGCUUCGGACCUGGCUCUACUGCAGCUGCGCGCGCCUGUGAACUUGAGCGCGGCCUCGCGGCCCGUGUGCCUACCGCAUCCGGAACACUACUUCCUGCCCGGGAGCCGCUGCCGCCUGGCUCGCUGGGGCCGCGGGGAACCCGCGCCUGGCCCCAGCGCGCUGCUGGAGGCGGAGCUGUUGGGCGGCUGGUGGUGUCACUGCCUGUAUGGCCGCCAGGGGACGCCAGUGCCGCUGCCGGGAGACCCGCCGCUCGCGCUCUGCCCCGCCUACCAGGAGGAGGAGGAGGCGGGCCGCUGCUGGAAUGACUCGCGUUGGAGCCUUCUGUGCCGGGAAGAAGGGACCUGGUUCCUGGCUGGAAUCAGAGACUUCUCCAGUGACUGUCUACGUCCCCGAGCGUUCUUCCCCCUGCAGACCCACGGCCCAUGGAUCAGCCAUGUGACUCGGGGAGCCUACCUGGAGGACCAGCUAGCCUGGGACUGGGGCCUCGAAGGGGAGGAGACUGAGGCACAGACUUGUCCCCCACACACAGAGCAUGGAGCCUGUGGCCUGCGGCCAGAGGCCGCUCCCGUGGGGGUCCUGUGGCCCUGGCUGGCAGAGGUGCAUGUGGCUGGUGAUCGAGUCUGCACUGGGAUCCUUGUGGCACCAGGCUGGGUCCUGGCAGCCACUCACUGUGUCCUCAGGCUGGGCUCUACAACAGUGCCUUACAUUGAAGUGUAUCUGGGCCGGGCAGGGGCCAGCCCCCUCCCACAGGGCCACCAGCUAUCCCGGUUGGUCAUCAGCAUCCACCUGCCCCGGCACCUGGGACUUAGGCCCCCCCUGGCUCUCCUGGAGCUGAGCUCCCGGGUAGAGCCCUCCCCAUCAGCCCUGCCCAUCUGCCUCCACCCAGGGGGUAUCCCUCCGGGGGCCAGCUGCUGGGUGCUGGGCUGGAAGGACCCCCAGGACCGAGUCCCUGUGGCUGCUGCUGUCUCCAUCUUGACAUCUCGACUCUGUCACUGCCUUUAUCAGAGCAUUCUGCCCCCUGAUACCCUCUGUGUCCUGUAUGCAGAGGGACAGGAGGACAGGUGUGAGGUGACCUCAGCCCCUCCCCUCUUGUGCCAGACUGCGGGAGGCUCCUGGGUCCUCCUGGGCAUGGCUGUUCGCGGCAGCCGGGAGCUUUUUGCUGCUGUUGGCCCUGAAGAGGCCUGGAUCUCCCAGACAGUGGGGGAAGCCCACUUCCUGCCGCCUAGUGGCUCCCCCUACUGGCCUCCCGAGGGCAACAACCUCUGCCCCCCAGACCUGGCCAGGGCCUCAGGCUCCCCUCGGGCUGUUCUGUUCCUGCUGCUACUGACUCCCCUGAUCCAGAGCUGAGGGGCCUGGGUCCCAGGGCCACUUCCUUCUCCGCCCUCCACUUCCCACCCAGGGGGGCUGGAAUGUGGCCCAACCAGCUGGCUCCCUUCAGAACCUCCAGAGG